UGGGCAGGCAGCGCACGCUCCGACAGUACACAAGCGAAUCUGCAAAAGGCCGUUGGAGUUGUCCGUUGUAAAUUAUGUACAUAAGUUACUGAUAUUUUCCGGAUUGCCAUGAAUGGCCGGCCUUACAACUUGGUGCCGACAAACCGAGCAACGAAUGAGGAAAUCCGUAAACCGACGGCAAGCAUCUUCUAAGCUGGAACACGUACGACAAGUGCUCUCUGCCUGUCUCACAUAGACCGAGGCUCGACGACUCCGGUGGGGAUUGUCAAGCCGAUAACGCCGCGGCAAGCCUGUGAAAUGCAGGAGGAAAAGAAGGGAAAACAAACGGACCCGCGACUUUUUCUAAAAGCUUUGUGUUAGGAUAUUUUCUCAGUGGGUGUAAAAUUAUUUAGAAGGUAAACAGGUUAGUGUAAAUCUCAUGUAAAUAAUCGUAGCGUUUGUAAAUAGAUAGUAAAAAUCCAGUUAACUGAGUUUGCUAGCUAUGACGGUUGAUUAGCUCGUGCUUACAUAAAGAAAUCACAGAACCGACGAGCUACGACGUUACAUUUGGGUUUAUUUGAAGAUAUUUGCACAAUUUAAAAGAAAAGCUCUGCAGCUUUCCCAAAAGGCUUGAAAAAACUUGGUUUUGUGUUUGACUGAGGGACGUGUGGUUUUCUUUUAAGUGCCGCUGCACAAGUGGAUUCUGAUGAACACAUAGGAAACAAUGAGAAGAAGAGUGAGGACACAAGUUAUUCUUUAACAGCUGUAUAAUCACUCUGUUGUAAAGCAGCAAAAAAAAGGCAGCAGAGGAAGAAGGCAAAGAAGAAGUGUGAGAGUCACCAGUUUGACCACACCUUCCCCUGCAACACUGGAAGAGCAGCCUUACGAAUUUCUGAAGAGUGAGUUGGUGAUCACAGAAAGAAAGAGAGACGGGGACUGUCAGAAGAGCAAAGGUUUGGAGGUGGAGGAGGAAGAGGAGGUCUAGGAGGUUUGGGAAAGGCCAUUCCCAAUGGCUACUGACCCAGGAGAGACCACAAGCACUGAGGACUCCUCAGAGAAAACGGAUGGACAGAAGGAGGAUACAGAGCAGGAGGGCAGGUCCAGCCAACAGAGGGAGAGGACACUUAGUACUCCCUUGGACUUCCCCUCUUCCGGGACUCAAGCGGGAAGAGAGACAGGAGGAGAGGAUGAAGGAUUUGGAAAAGGAGGAGGAGAAGGAGAAGAAGAAACCUUUCAGGAGAGCCAGGAGUCUCCAGUUCUGGUCUCCAUGCCUUCCAUACCUAGUGAUUCUGGUCAGAAACGAUUGAGACGGGAGAAGCGUUUCUUCAGGAAGAGCGUGGAGAUUUGUGAGGAGAAUGAUGAUGUGGAAGUGCCUCCUGAGGCUCACCACAGUGCCCCCCACCUGGAGCUGUGCUCUACAGAACCAGGAUUUGGCGGUGUUCAGCAGCAAGGGGGUACUCCAUCCUGUGCAGCCUUGGGACAUGACCCAUCUCAGGGCCAUGAACCUGGUCAAGAUGCUCCUUCAUGUGCACCUGCCCAGCGAGUAAGGGAGAGGGACCGUGACCAGGAGGAAGAGGCAGAGAUGAAGGCUGUAGCCACUUCUCCAGGUGGAAGGUUUCUCAAGUUUGACAUUGAACUGGGCAGAGGAGCCUUCAAGACUGUGUAUAAAGGUCUAGACACAGAGACUUGGGUGGAGGUGGCAUGGUGUGAACUUCAGGAUCGUAAGCUGACCAAGGCAGAGCAGCAACGCUUCAAGGAGGAGGCAGAGAUGCUGAAAGGGCUUCAGCAUCCCAACAUCGUUCGCUUCUAUGAUUCCUGGGAGUCUGUGCUUCGUGGAAAGAAGUGCAUUGUACUGGUUACUGAACUCAUGACAUCAGGAACACUCAAAACUUAUCUGAAGCGCUUUAAGGUGAUGAAACCCAAGGUCCUGAGGAGCUGGUGUAGGCAAAUUCUGAAGGGCCUUCACUUCCUCCACACCAGGACUCCACCAAUUGUCCACCGGGAUCUCAAGUGUGACAACAUCUUCAUAACAGGCCCCACAGGAUCAGUCAAGAUAGGUGACCUGGGACUGGCCACACUUAUGAGGACCUCCUUUGCCAAGAGUGUCAUAGGAACCCCAGAGUUCAUGGCCCCAGAGAUGUAUGAGGAGCACUAUGAUGAGUCAGUGGACGUGUAUGCCUUUGGGAUGUGUAUGCUGGAGAUGGCCACUUCAGAAUACCCCUACUCUGAGUGCCAAAAUGCUGCUCAGAUUUAUCGCAAAGUCACAAGUGGUAUAAAGCCAGCCAGCUUUGAUAAAGUAAAUGACCCGGAGAUCAAAGAGAUCAUCGAAGGCUGUAUUCGUCAGAACAAAAGCCAGAGACUGUCAAUCCGAGACCUCUUGAACCAUGCAUUCUUUGGGGAGGACACUGGAGUCCGAGUGGAGCUGGCAGAGGAGGACACAGGCAUCCAGGACUGUCUGGCUCUUCGGAUUUGGGUUGAAGACCCCAAAAAACUGAAGGGGAAGCACAAAGACAAUGAGGCCAUUGAAUUUAGCUAUGACUUAGAGAAUGAUAGCGCCGAGGAGGUUGCUCUUGAGAUGGUUAAAUCAGGCUUUUUCCAUGAGAGUGAUGCCAAGGUGGUGGGAAAAUCCAUCAGGGACCGUGUAAAUCUUAUCAAAAAGUCAAGAGAGCGUCGACAGCAGCAGCUCCUUCAGCAAGGCUUUGAAGAACGGAAAGAGUCAUCUCUCACUUCCUACGCCUUUUCUAGUCCUUCUUGCUCAUCUUCACUGAUACAAGGGGCAGCCGGACAUGCAGGAACUGGAGAAAGAGGAGCUGGAGGAGUCGUGCAGGAGUCUGAGGAGCUGUCUGAAAUGGACCAGCAUGUUAGGCAGCAACAUAUUUUCAGUGGGACAACCCUGAGUCUACCAGAAGGUGAGAGCAUCGGCUCUGCCAGCUGUGAAUCCUAUGCAAGUGGACAGAGUCAGGCAUACUCUCAACAAGGGGAAUCGUACGCCCAGUCCCAGACCACUCUCCCCCCUAUGGCAUCUAGUACUGGUCCAUUGGCUAAUCCUCAGACUUUCUCACUUAGUGAGAGUGGAAAUGUUCCAAAUGUGCCUCUUGGUCAGAGUUGUAGUAUGUCAAGCAUGUCCAUUGGCCAAAGUGGAGGGGGACCCGUUGGUCAGACGUUUCUACAGCCCAGCACUAUGGUUCCACAAGUAUCACCAAGUGCAACUCAAAAAUAUUUUCAGUCACAAACAUUCCCAUCAGAUACAUUUCAAACUACCACUCCCCAAGGAUCAAUGGCCCCCUCACAGCCAUAUAUACCUCCUGUUUCUCCACAAGCACCCAUUAAUGUUCUCUCUACAUCCAUGCCAGUCAGUGACCCUACUGGACUUGCAGGGACCAUUGUGCCCCACGCUCAGCAGACCCAACACCCUGCCACUCCCAUGCAGUUCACUGACACCAGUCCCCAUGCUGCACAACAGCAAAUACAGCCUGUCAUCAUCCCACAGCAGACUGUUAUCCCACAACAAAUAGGGAUGGAUCCACAAAUAGGGAUAGGAUCCUCCCUUCAGAAACAGCAGUCACAACAGCAAAUGGAGACCCAUGCCACUCAGCAUGAACAGCAAGUUAGUGCCACUCUACUGCCAUCAGAACAGCAUCAAAAAAGCCUUUCAGCUUUAGCUGUCCAGAAACAACAACAUGAGCCUCUGCAGCAGAUCUAUGUACAGCAGCCUUCUCAGCAGCUUGGUAUGGAGCCAGGGGAGCAACCCCUGACUUAUAAAAUGCAGCCAACAAGUGAUCCUUGUGAGCAAACAAUAAUGCCAUCACAGCAACUGCAACAACAACUUCAGCAACAGCAAGCUUUGUUACAACAGCAGCCGCAACAACAGCUAGGUCAACAGCAGCAGUCAUUGCAGCUUGAGCAACAUCAGCUAUAUGUCCAGCAGCAGCAACAAAAAGCUCUUCUUCAGCAGCAGCAACAGCAGGCCCAGUUACAACAGCAGCAAGCACUUCAACACAAACUGAUGGAUCAACAACAGCAACAAGCUCUUACGCAACAGAAACAAGAGCAACAACUACAAGGUCUUAUGCUACAAGAGCAACCACUACAAGCCCUCUUACAACAUCAGUUAGAGCAACAACAGCAGCAACAAAGUCAGUUUUAUCAACAGAUUGGGCAACACCAUGGUGAAGCACAAACAGAACCAGAGAUUGAACAGCAAAGUGGACAACAGCAACAACAAAAAUUAUUGCAGCAGCAAUCACAGCAGCCCCAACAGCAAAAUGAACAACUGCAACAGCAGAACAUAAGCCGACAGAUGGAACAUCAGCAGCAGCAAUCGCUGAUACAACAGCAUUUGCAACAGCAGUUACUUUUACAGCAGCAACAGAUACAGCAACAAGAACAGCAACAAGUACAACUCAAGCAACAGAUAGAGCAACAACAACAGCAAGCUCUGUUGCAACAGCAAUUAGAACAGCAACAUCAGCAACAAAUCCUGUUGCAACAGCAACAAGCAGAGAUAUUACAGCAACAAGCUCUGAUAAAACAGCAGAUUCAAGAGACGAAGCAGCAACAUGCUGCCAUCAUUCAGCUGCAGCAAACUGAAAAACAAGAGCCUGUCCCUAUUCCACAAAACAACACUGAGCUGCAGAUUCAGCAGCAAUCGGCUGAUAUACAACAGAUGGGUAUCCCAAAACUAAACACCAGUCAGUUUGCACAUCAUACCGCUGAACAACAAAUGAUAGAGCAACAACAGCAAGUAAAACUUGCCCAGCAGGAACAAGCAUUUGUUGCUCAGCCACAGCACCAUGCCUCUGUGAUGGAACCUCAUCAUUCAGUUAGUACUCCAGCUGGUAUUGAAGCAAUUCAGCACCAAACACAUUUAAUCUCUCAAGGUCAGCUGCCCAUGAACAUUCAAACUAUGCAGAUCCUUGCACAGGCGUCUCCUGUUGUCCUCACACAGCAAGGACAAGGUGAAGUUCAGUAUCAGAAGCAGGGCCAGAUCCCAGUCCAUUUUCCAGUCCAGUCAGCACCCCGAGCCUCUCAAGCUAUGGCUGAGACUCGUGUAACACCCCCAGUGGCCAUGACUCAGGGACAAACACAUGUCAUCCAUACCCAGCAAAUCCAUUUGCAGACUAGUUAUCCUGGACAUGUAACUCCACCACAGAGUCAAGUAUCUGCUCAGCCAUUAAUCCAAUCUAUGCCCCUGCACACAACAAUUUCCCAGUCCCAACCACUACAUGACCAGGCCCAAAAAGCUGACAUUCAGAUGAUGGACCAACAAAGCAAAGCUGCUGUUCAUCCUCCAGCUGCAGCUGGUUCAGUUCCUAGUCAAAUCCAGCAUAAGACUCAUAUUCAGCAGAAUGUUCAAAUGCCAGGGCUCAUUCAGCCCAAGGUCCAGCAGCAAACCCAAGGCCAACCCCCUUGCCAGGCGCAUCCUCAGCCUUCAGCUGGCAUUUUGACCCCCCAGUAUGUCUCUCAGCCUUCUCACCAAACAAUGUCAACUGUACAGCAGGAUAUGAUUCAGCAGCAGGUGCACCAGCAACCAGUACUCCAAUAUCAGCAGAUGAUUCUGUCUCCUGGCUCAGUGGGAAGUAUUGGAACAAAGACAGAUGGUUUAACUUCAGUAGCUGAUCCUACAAACCUUAAUGUCACUCCACAUCCUUUGCAAGCUGGACAAAGCGGAGUUCCAGGCCAAACAAGACUGCAUCCAGUUGUCCAGGCUCUGCAGCAGUCCCAAGGAAGCACUGCUGACCCUUCAGUCAUUCAGCCAACCUCCCAGACAUGUAUGCCUCAGUUGCCUGAGCAAUAUCAGCAACAGCUGCAGAAACUUUCUCAAUUGCAGCAGCAAACAGCUCUACCUACCCCACAGGUCCUUUUACCAGCACAGCCAAUCCCACCACUCAUUCAGCAACCAUCUUCUCUAAUGCCAGUUUUGACAACCCUUGAUGAGAGCCAACUUCCUCCACAGUGUCCCCCUACUUCACACCUGGGGGUUCAUCCCCCUGUGCAGUUAAGUUCCAGUAAUGUAGCUGAGCCUCACUCACAGAACAGGACCCUACCGCUCUACAGUCACCUUGUUGCAGGUGCCCCUCCAUCGCCACAGCAGCAUGCCAAGCAGAUGCUGACAGCUCACAUACACACACAAACCAGCAAUCAGGUUCAAACACACUCCCAAACACAGACAAAGGUUCAGACACAAACACAUUCUCACACUCAGACUCGGAUAGAGACGACAACACCUGCCGAACAGCCUGCUCUGUCUCACACUGUCUUUCCUGCACAACAAAUGCCCCUCAGCCCUUCACAUACCUCAUGUCCUUCAGCAUCACUACCAGCUCUCCCAUCCCAACAACCUGCCACUGCUCCUGCUACAGAACUUCCUACAUCUCAGCCAGCAACCCAGGUAACCUUACCGGGGCAGGCCGACUUUAUUCCCACCUCUCCUUCACCUGUCACUACACUACAAUCACUUGACUCUAAUGCUCCCAUACUGCCCCAAGCCUCGCUGCAAGACUGUGACCUUUCCCUACAGGGCAUCGCUAAGGAUGGCCCAUACCUAGCAAGUGCAGAACAUCAUUCUUCAUCAGGGUCUGUUCCGGCUAAUGGUGAAGAUGCUCUGCAGCUUUUGGCAAAUGGGAAAUUAGAGAAACUAAAGACUCAGAGAAGAGCUUCAUGCCAGAAGCCUGAGAAAGGUUCACAGCAGUUUCAACUGAGCAUGCUCCAGGUGUCCAGCAGUGGAGACAAUAUGGUAGAAUGUCAGUUGGAGACUCACAGCAACAAGAUGGUGACCUUCAAAUUUGACAUUGAAGGGGAUGCACCUGAAGAUAUUGCAGAUUACAUGGUGGAGGAGGACUUUGUACUUGAUGUAGAGAAAGACAAAUUUGUUAAGGAGCUUAGAACAAUAGUUAAGAAAGCCCAUGAAAUUCUUCAGACAUAUUCACGGACUGGAUCAGCUGACAAUUUACAUGUGAGCACUCCCACUAGCUCAAUGGAUGCAGUGCCCCAUUCUUCCCCAGUUGGGCGGUGGCGCUUCUUUAUCAACCAGACCAUUCGUCAUAGAGACUCCCUUUCCAGUCAGGGAGCAGUAACACCACCACCAACUGCAGAGACACGAAUUCCCCAAUCUCCUCUAAGGGAUAAAGGUGAGCUCCAUGCAGAAGAUGAAGGAUCCCAGAGUCUGGAGUCCUUGUCUGGAAUAACUUCUCCCCCCUACACCACCCUUUCCUCUACCUCAUCCCCUGUCUCCACUGUUUCAACCCCUGCCUCCAUGGCCCCUGCAGCCACUGUGGCCCCCUCUCCUAAUACCACUGCUGCUGAAACCAUCUGUGGGCCAGCCUCCCCUCCCCUCAUUGACUCAAGUUGUCUUGAAUUGUCAGUGCUCCCCUCAGCUUCUGCUGACCAAAUCCCCAGUUCUCCUUCAACCUCAUCAAUACUUGCUGCUGCUAACAUUCCCACCAUGUCCACUGUUCCGUCUGUUGUAUCUCCAUCUCCUAUCACCAUUCUUCCUGAUAACCUAACUCCACCUGUCACCAGUGUUUGCUCCUCUCUAGGUCAAAAUAUUGGGGACACAGUGAACACUGCGUCAUUGUCGUGUGUAUCUGCUGUUGACCAGCCUUCAGCCUCUUUUCAUUCCUCUUCUGCUGCAGCAAUUUCUUCUGUCAGCCAGCUUAAUGUAGAACAGCAGCAGGUAUUCACCAAGUUAGCCACCCCUGCCCUUUCACAGCUACAGAUUGCAUCACAGCAGCAGGCAUCUGCAACACAACAGCAACGACAUGCAAUGCAAUUUGAACAACAGAUACAACAGUCAGCACCACAACAGCAGCUAUCACAACAUCAAGUCUACCAAGAACAAAUUCCGCUGCAGCAAGAACGAGCACUUCAACAGCCUCUCCAGCAGUUGCAGCAACAGCAACUAAUGCAAAUGCAAAUACCACUUCAGCAGCAACUGACUGAGGUGCAAGUGCUGCCUCAGCCAAGUCGUGCAGACAUGUUACAACAGUCUGUGCCACUGCAUCAGUUUCUGCCACCAUUACCCUUACACCAGACCCAACCAACACUUGUUCAACAGCAAACAUCACAGUUUUCUACACAAUUACUUCAGCAGCCUCACUUUCAGCAGUUACCACAGCAGGUUAUGGCACCUCAAGCUGCUAUAGCUCCCCAGCAGCAAGCCCACAUGGAUCAGCAACAGCAACAACAGGUAAACCUACAACAGACAAUACAUUUAGAACAGCCACAAAUGGUGCAACAGCAGCUGUUUUCAAGUGCUGUAGCUCAAAUGAUGCCCUCAUCCAUUAGUCAACAACUUGUUCAACAGCAAACACAGCUUAAUGUUAGUCCUUUACCACAGCAGCAAAUUCCACAGCAAACCCAAGUGCCUGCUGAACUGGUACAUGUGCAGUCACAGAAACAGCUGCAACAAACUGAGCAGCAACAGGAAAUGGUUAAAGGCAUACACACACCACAGAAACAGCAGCAGUAUUCACUACAGAAGCAGUCCUCUUUACAGAUGUCAGAGUCUGAGGUGUCCACUGGAGAGACAAGUGUCACAGAGGACACUGGAAGCUAUUCUGCCCCUUUUCACCCCUCAUCUGACUCCUCUCUGCCACCUCUCCAUCUUAGCUCUGCAGAAGCCCCCUUACCCAAUUUCUCUCUCACAAUGACACCAUCUCCUGCUCAGCCUUCUUCUGUGGCUGAGUCAGACAGUGAAGGCCCUCCCAAGAUUGAAUUUGUUGACAACCGCAUAAAAACAUUGGAUGAAAAGCUGAGGAACCUGUUGUAUCAGGAGUACAGCAGUGGGACUGCAGUGGCUGGAGCUGCUUCUCUUCCUACAUCAGCUGCUUCCACAUCAGCAGGAGGGGAUGAGUCAUCUGAGCCACAGUCACUCCACCACUUAUCUUUUCCCCCACCCGCCUCUUCUUCAGAUACUUCCCCUCAUUCCUCAUCCUCCACUACCUCCUCCACCACUUCCCGUUCUCCUUCCACCUCUCCUGACCCAGAAAGGGAUGGAGGAGGAGAAGAAGCUUCUACAGAUGUCCCUAACCCUUUGGAGUCGGGCCCAGUGGAGCAGCAGCCUGGCUCAUCCCUCCCCUCCAGUUCUGCUUCAUCCACCUUGCUUACUUCUUCCAUCCCUCCCAGCCAGGAUGACUCUGCUGGCUCCCAGCGCCCACCUGUACCAGGAGAACCAACUAUUCUUGCUGUACCCUCAUACUGUGACAUCAGUGCCAUUGGAGAUGCAUCACGGCCCCCCAAUCAGCAUCCGAUUCCCUUCCGGCAUGGACAGCAUCAACAUAAUGCAGGAGGUGGAUAUUUUGGCCUAAACCUGACAUGUCCUAGUAUCAGAAAUCCUGUUAGCAAGAAAUCCUGGACUCGAAAAUUCAAAAACUGGGCAUGCAAACUGCGCCACUCCGCCAGCUUGUUCAAGAAGCCCAGAGUCCAGCAAGAGAGAAAUUCAAGCAACCUGGGAGAUGAGAAGGUGGUAACGUCACUAAAUCCACCUCAGGCCCGCAAAGGACGAUUUCAGGUGACUCCAGUUCUCCAGACUUCUCCCCCAAAGGAUGUGCCAUUAAGCCAUGCUAGCACUCACAGGAAAGUGGGCCGCUUCUCUGUAACCCAGACUGAGACGAAGAAAGAGGACAGACAGACUGACAGCUCACCAGUGUCUCCUGAUUUGGAAAGGGAGAGGAGGAAAUCUCGGAUAAAGGAAGGGGAUAGAGAAGAGAGUAAGAGGACCCCAUCAAUGGGCCACUUGCCUAGAGGUGUUGGGCACAGCCACUCACCAGUGGGCAGCAGUGAUGAUGAUGAGAGUGAGCUGGAGGAUGAAGAGCUAAGAAAAGAACUUCACAAGCUUAGAGAGAAGCACAUCAGAGAAGUCGUUUUUCUUCAGGCCCAGCAGAACAGAGAGCUUCAGGAACUGUACAGGCAGCUUCGUUCCAUGAAAGACCAAAGACAGAGUCUGCCUGCCUCCCUUUCGCGAACCCCUCCUCUUCCCGCAGUGCCUCCUGUCCUUUCUCCACGCAGGCCCCGGCCAUCCAAAACUAAGCUUCGACCUCGGCCUCACUCUCACAUGGAUAACAAUGGAGUAACUCAGUUUGGGAUUCAGCAGUCAAGUAGUUUUUCAGGUGGUGAGCAGGGUAGGUUGUCGGCAUUCAGCAACCCAGAGCAUUGCGCUUCACUUCCUGCUAAAAGAGAUCACAGUCCUUUAAGGAAAAGCACAUUCACAGAUGAACUGCACAAGCUGGUUGAUAAUUGGACAAAGGAGACAGUGGGCCCUGCUCCACCUAAGCCUUCACUAAAUCAAAUCAAGCAGAUUCAGCAGGUGCAGGAGUUGGGAGGCUGGAGCCAGCCAGAGGCCGCUCCACCCGGUUGGUUUCCAGCAGCACAACUGAACCCCCAGGCACCCCCAGCCCCUGCGGUCUUGGCAGUGGCGGCUUCCUCUCAUUACACAGGUGGUGGAAGCCUGACCACCUUGCCCUCCUCAGGACCUCCACAAACGCACAUGGCUCAAGUGCCACAAAUGCAGCAAAGUUUACACCUCCCACAGUCUCUUCCCCUGCAGCAGAUGACCUAUCAGCAGUCACCUCUCCGCCAGCAAACACCACAGGCCCAGAUGCAAACUCCCAUACAGUCACUGUCACAGACACAGCCCACCACCCAGCUGCCCCACUCACCACCACAAAGUCAACCGCUGCUGCCUUCCCAAAUACCCACAUUACCAGUGUCCACCGCCACGUCUCUGCUGCCUGGAGGUUGUACCACUGUACCCACUGAUGGCACUGCUGUUGGUGGGGGGACAUUUUGCUCCUGUUCCUCAACCUCUUCAACCUGUUCCUCGUCUUGCUCAGCUGCUGUUCUACCUUCCAGUGCCAAAAUUAAUCCAGCACCCCCAACCUCUACUCUUCCUCUGGGACAGAAAUGAAACCAAGUAAAAUGUGAAGUCAAAAUGAAGUACCAAGAGAUGGAAAUACUUAGUGGGUCAGGACAUAAAGCUUAUUCCAUUUGAAGUGUCAGUUCUAUGUAUACAUGAGAGAGUUGUGACUGAAGUGACUAUAUGGGUUCCAGUUCGCUUCUGAAUGAGAUGGAAAAUGAAUGUGAAAGACAGAAAGUAGAUUCAAGCAUCUACAGUCAGGAUGGAUGUUUGGAUGUUGAGAUGUAUAAAGUCUUUAAUGUAUGAGUGUGUGCAUUUAUGAGUGUGGGUGAGUGUUUGUGGAACCUUUGAGUACAUAUCACUUUGGAUACAAAUUUAACAGUCCUGUUUUUGUUUGCAAACAAACUCUGUUGGAACCUGAAAUCUACCAAAACAGAGAUGCGAAGGAAAAAAUAUUUGACAGCGUUGGCAUUUUUGGUUUAAUUUGUCAAUGCUUACAGUGAAAGGACUAUCAGUUUAAAAAGUGCAAUUAGUAAUGGACAUCUAAAUUGAUCAGCACGUAUUGUAUUGAUUUAUCUGUCAGACAUAAAAUAUUUUUGUAGAGGCACAGUGAUGAUUACCAUAUGCAUUCAAGAUUUGUAGUCUUACAGCAUGUGUUUCAGUGUUUUCCCCAACCAUUAUAUAUAUUAGGGUAACCCUAACCCGCCAUAAUUUGGGCACCACCUGCCACCCCAUUGCCAAAAGCCUUGGGGAAAUACUGUGUUACAUUGGACAAUGAAAAAAAAAACAGCGUGUUACACGGCUGAGCAUGGUAAACUUAUCUGGCUAUCCCUUUUCCACAGUGCAACCAAACGUUUCAGUGUUAUCUAUGGAACAGCAUGUUCUUUGUAUUGUUUCAUUUGUAACCGAAAACAGUCCAAAUUAACACAAUCAGAUGAACUCUUUAUAUGAUGGUAAACUAAAAAGUGCAAUGCUAUUUGUAAUUAGUUAAUAUGUGAAUAUACUCAGCCCAAGACUGCAUGACCUUAUUAAUUUGACCUGCCUGAGUGCAAACUGCUUGCACCUGCUUUUAAUUUCACAAUUACUAUUUGCAUCCUAAAGAGAGAAUCAGUCAUGGGCACACUGCUUUCAUUGCUUUGUUGGCGGCUUUCACAUUUGACAUUUUUGCUUUCAGUUUGAGCUCUGCAUAUCAAAGUGUAUCUGUGUCAUGCUGAGGAAGAAGGUGAAAAAAAGGAAAAAAAACUGCCAAGUGUUGACUGGGGAAACCCUGAUGAAUAGGUCAUUCCCAUGUUGCCUUUUAAAAUGACUGCAUUUUUGUGAGUGUGUGAGUGUAUAUUUUUUUUCUGUGUGGCAAAGCUUUGUGAUAGUCUCAUGGUAAAUAGCAUCAUAUAUUGCAUCCUUUCUUAUUUUUCUUUAAUCAAAGCAGCCUCUCAGAUGUCACUGUACUCAAAUGGAAAUGUUUAAUCUGCCUAAAAUCUGGGCUUGCUUACUCAAGAAACCAAUAUUAGAUCACAUUGGCUGUAAAUUUGAUGUCAACACUGUUGUAAGAUCCUCAGUAAUCUGCGUAAUUGUCAGCUUUGUUUGACAUUCUUUAUUUCAAUUGUGAACCAUUUAGUCUUUGACCAUAGGCAUUCAGUGUGUGCAUCAAUCAGAAGCUGAAUUCUGGGCCAUACCUGUGCUGUGUGCACACCACUUAAAGUUCCAUUCCUUUCUUUCCAAACUUGUUUAAUUUGUAGAUGCAGAGAUAGUCAGAAAAAAUAUAUCUGCAGCAGAUAUAUUACCUUACAGUUUAUUGACUUAUCAGUGCACUUAGCCAUACAAAUGUCUGACUAUUGAUGGUCAGGCUUUAAUACAUUUUUCUUAUAAUAGGUAGCCUGUAGUCAAAGCAGCAUUUCUGUUUUAUUGAUUAUAUAAAGAUUGUGUGCCACAGAAAACAGGAGAUUGCAUGAGAUGGAGAAAACUGCUUAAUGUGAGUCAAAGACAAAAUAUGAACGGUUAAGGAGGAAUAGUUCAGCUCAAAGAGUAUGGUUGUUGAGAAACUGCAUAAUCUAGAAAAAGAAAUCUUAAGUCCUCUGUCUUUGUUGCUUUUAAAGACUUCCUACAUUUUCACAGAGGUGUAGUUUAUUAUUAGUGAAGGUGAGAUACUGUGCUGUCAUGUCUGAUACUAACAUGUAUCUAACAAGCUACAGCCUAAUGGUCACCAUUUUGAAGCAGGCUUUGUCCUUGAAGUGUUACCAAAAUGUUAUCUAAAAGAUAAAGAUUAUUUUUGUAUUUUGGAAUGGGGUUGUACAACUUGUAAAAUUGUGUUCUCAUUACUUUAAACCAGAGGUUAUUUGAAAUUAGAACACUGGUUUUCAUCCCUGUUUACAUGGGACUCCCUGUCUUGAUAUACCUCUUUGGGCUCUAGCAGACAAGCAUAAUUUUUAAUUAUUUUCAGAUCGAUUUUGGUCAUUUGUGGCCACAUAAUUCAUCUUUGAAUGAUGAUAAUCUGUAUAAAACAUAACAGAAUGACCCCAGAUUUCCUGCUCUGCUGCAAGUCUAGUAUAAUAAACACUAAUUAAUGCAACAGCAAUCUGGGGAGUCCCAAAAUGGCAUGACUGAGAACCAAUGAUAAAAAUAUGUUUGGGCAGAAAAACCUGAAGACUUUAAAGUAUGUUGCUGGUGAUUUGGCCUCUGUAAAGUGUAACUAAUUCAACUGUUGAUUUUAUUUAUGUUUUGUAACUAAUCAAAAUAAAUGAUGUUAAACAUCAAA